AUGGAUGCGCAAAUGGACAUGUCUCGCUACUACGAGGUCGAUGCUAGUGGCAAGCCCAUCGCUAUCUGGGUAUCAUUGGCCCCGUUCUCUAUCCAAGACAUCAAAAAAUGCGCCACCUGUCGUAACCCACUGAGAGACAUUGCACGGUAUAGCCGGCUGAUUCGUCGAGCUAUCCUUGAUGAGUCGACGAAAAAAUUGAUCAUCUUACUCAAUCAGGAAUAUGUCCCUCUCGCACAGGAACUUCCCCGGCUUGUUCGUGAAUUACAUUCAGCCGAAGGCCAAAGAAAGUAUCCCUGGCCACCAGUGAUUGAGAUAUGUGGCCCACGAAACCAGCAGGUUCAGAACAUGGCGGAAAUCAUCCAAGGCACAAAUCCAGGUCGAUGGAAUUCAAUCCUUGAUCUGCGAAAGCGCGUCGAUUACUAUCGGCGCUGUGUGAAACCCGAGGAGCAACCAUUUGAAAGAGUUCGGAGGAUGAUUGAAAAUGCUCGACAACGCGGAAAAAUAAGAACCAACCCUGAUCAUGUUGAUAACGUGCUACAGACCAAAGGUUUUCUACAGGGCACCGCCCUCAUAAUCCGUCUGGACAUUGCUUUGCUCGUUGACCUUUUGAGCCUUGUUUCCCGGGGACGACCAAGUGAGGUGACACCUCGAUUCGAGCUUGAUCUACAGAAGAUCAAGGAUGAUUGCCAGGCCCUCAUCCAGCAAGCAGUCACUCACCGACGACUUCUACAGCAGACAGAAGGUCAUAUUUUCCUAGCACAGCUUUACGCCCUCGAACGAGCACAUUGCUUGACACUAGAGAAGAGGGACACUAUCUUGCAGCAUGGCCAGGCUGCCAUUCAGAAAGCUAGAGGUCUUUGCGAUGCGCACCCAAGCCAGACACGAGGAUUGGCAGACGAAGUCCAUAGCGUCGAAAAGAUGUUAUGCGUGGGCACGAUAUACACAAUUAUCACCAACGAGGAACGCAUGGCAGUCAUUUCAGCGAUGGCUCAAGAGUUCAGUGGAACUGGACAUUGGUACUACUGUCGCAACGGACAUCCGUUUACCAUUGGAGACUGUGGGGCAGCUAGGGAGACGAGUCGCUGUCCCGAGUGCGAUUCCCCAGUGGGAGGCGAGAAUUCUCGAUUAGCAGAGGGGGUUACUGCGGCAGAGGACUGGGAUCGGGAUAGAGCGAGAUUGAAUCUUUGA